GAGCAGCAGCAGCAGCAGACAGGACGAAGCAGAGAGAUUUCAGCACCAGCGCGACCGGACAGCGACACGUAGCCCCACAAAUACAAUACAAAGAAAACUUUCUAACUGAGCAUCAUGGUUCUCAUCUGGACACAGUUCGGUAUGAAGCACAAAAAUGUCAAUGUCAAGUGCAAAGUGCGAGUUAUGCACAGAGGCGACAGCUCAGGCUCAUCAUCAUCAGCGGAAAGCAGCAGGUCUGAGCAGGACACACCCUGCCUGUCCAUCAAACCCACAGGCAAGGACUUCUACAAAAUCCUGGGUGUGGCCCCUGAAUCCAAUGAAGAUGAGAUCAAGAAGGCCUACAGGAAGAUGGCUCUCAAGUUCCACCCAGACAAGAACAGCGAUGCUGAUGCAGAGGACAAGUUCAAAGAGAUCGCUGAGGCCUACGAGAUCCUGACUGACCCCAAGAAGAGAAGCAUAUACGACCAGUUUGGAGAAGAAGGCCUCAAAAAUGGAAUGUCACUGGCAGGCCAAGGCAACGUUUUCCGCAAUAAUUUCCCCAGCGACCCCCAUGCCACCUUCUCCUCCUUCUUCCAUGGUUCCGACCACUUCGACAUCUUCUUCGGCAGUGAAAAUGACGGUGAAGAUGACCUCUUCAACCCUUUCAGACGGUUCACCUUCAGCCACGUGGGCGGGUUUGCCGGCAAUGAGGGUGGGCUGCGAAGAGGCCAGCGACGCCUGCAGGGCGAUGCAGUAGUGCACGACCUGCUGGUGACCCUUGAUGAUGUGAUGCACGGCUGCACCAAGCACGUGAAGAUCACCCGCAGCCGGCUCAACCCUGACGGCCGCAGCCUGCGAUCUGAAGACAAGGUGCUAAAUGUGGUGGUGAAGAAAGGCUGGAAAGCGGGGACCAAGAUCACCUUCCCCAGGGAGGGGGAUGAGACGCCCAACAACACCCCUGCAGACAUCACCUUCAUUCUCAGGGAUGAGGAGCACUCUCAGUACAAGAGAGAGGGCUCCAACAUUGUCUACACGGCCAAGAUCACCCUCAAAGAGGCUCUCUGUGGCUGCACUGUCAAUGUCCCCACACUCGACAACCGGAUGAUGCCUCUACCAUGCAGUGAUGUUAUCAAACCUGGUGCCGUCCGGAGGCUGAGGGGCGAAGGUCUGCCCCUGCCCAAGAGCCCGUCCCAGAGAGGCGACUUGGUGGUGGAGUUCCAGGUGCUCUUCCCCGACAGGAUCCCACCACAGUCCCGCGAGAUCAUCAAGCACAGCCUGGCCCAGUGUUAGUCUGCUUUCUUUAAACCACAGGAUUGGCACAGCUCCACCAUGUGUGUAUGUUGUUAUCAAUUCACAAACACAGCCUUGCCCAAGGUGCUAACUAUCACAACCAAUCACAACCUCUUCUUGUGUUUGGAAAUGGCAAGCAGCGCUGACGUGAGUUGUAGUUCAGACAGGACUUUGUGAGGAGACUUUCUGCAGGUAUUAGGCACGAUGCACCAAUGCCACAUGAGCAGUGAGUUCAGAACUGAUGAACAAGGUCUUUGGUAUCUGAGGGCGUCUAUUGACUCAAUAGCCUUUGUCUUGAAUGAAAAGGUUAUCUGUACUGUUAUACUUGCAAACCUAUAGCAGGAUAUCAGUGUGCUAUUCAAGUCUGUAAAGACUUACUUAAACCUGAAUGGUAGAAAUGUGAAGUAAAAAAAAAAAAACUUUAUUAUAGUUAUAUGGUUUUCAUAUGACUGAUCUUUUGCAUUGAUUUAUUACAAUAGCAAAAUGUACUUGUGUACAAAGAUCUACUUUGUGUACAAAAUGCAAAAACAUUGUCUCUAAGAGAGAUUCAUCUGUCAAAUGUUCUAUUGAAUUAUUUGAAAUGUUUGUAUAUAUUCUGCAAUGAGCCAGCUGUUGAUGUAUUAUUACCUGACAUAGGCAUAUUUGGAAGCAUGAAAAAUAAAUAAAAACUAUAAUUUCA